AUGGUUUUACAGAGAUUUGAUUGGUUGGUGAUCAGGUUUUUUCCUCUGGGCUUCCCUCCCACCAUCCGUCUGCUGCAGCUGACUCAGUCUGCUGAGAUCCUCUCCACCAGAACCACGACCAGAACCAGGAACAGAACCAGGACUGGGACCAGGACCAGGACCAGAACCAGAACCAGGACCAGAACCAGGACCAGGACCAAGACUGGGACCAGAACCAGAUCCUCUCCACCAGGACCAGGACCAGGACCAGGACCAGAACCAGAACCAGAACCAGGACCAGGACCAGGACCAGGACCAGGACCAGGACCAGAUCUGCUGAGAUCGUCUCCACCAAAGACCUACAGGAUGUACGGAGCGGCUCCACACGUGGAAGUCCCGAGCCGCCAGUGCGUGGUGGAGAUCCAGAACAAGAGCUCCUGCUGCUCCCUGACCGACCCUCGCGUCCACCUGGUCAGCGGCAGCAGCGAGGCUCCUCUGCCGCCGACGCUCAAGCCGUCCGAAGCCGGAAGCGCUCGCUUCGUCAAGUCGGUGGGGGCGCGCGGGUCGGUGGGCGUCUUCACCUACGACCUCGUCCACCAGUCCAGCAAACAGCACCGGGGCAAGAUGGCCGUCAUGUUCUCGGUCCCCUACGACUUCAACCUGUACUCCAACUGGUACGCCGUGGGGAUGUUCGGCGGGGACAAGCCCUGCGACAAGGACCUGUACGAGCUGAUGUACAAGGGCGGGGAGAAGGGCUUCGUCCGGGGCAAAGCUAAGGAGUCCGGGCUGACCCACAGGACGGACCGGGUCACCAUCAGGGCCACCAUGUCCGACAGCUACCGGCCCGUCCUGAAGGUGGACGUCUGCGACAACUGACACCCUGUUUCAGUCCAGUUACCCCAGUGCUGGGAGGAAAUCUGUCAAAAAUCAUAAAGAUUGUGCACUUGGUGACAAGUUUUUGAUAUUUGGCAUGUUAGUAAUAGACCAAAUUUAAAGGACCCGUCAAAAUCUGCUGAUUGACUUAAUCCUUUCAAAUAGGAAGGAAAACAUUACGGCCUCUGGGGUCUUUGCACUUGGUUUUAGUGAUUACUGUCUGUUGUAUGUAUACGCAGAUGUAAACGGAAAAAGUGCAGAUGUUUCUCAUGUUUGAUCAUUAAAGAGUCUGUUCAGACGUGAUGAAACAAUAAACUCUGAUCCAGUUUCA